AUGAAUUUGAAUGCAAUUCCGAGGCCGUCUCGUGCCAUAGGACGACUUGUAUUAGGUGUAGUUAUAUUCAUCGUUAUCUUACAAACUGCAUACCAAACAUCAAUUCAUAAAAAACUCUAUCCAGGGGUCUCAUCUGAGAGUACUAAUGUGUUUACUAAACCAAACAUUUUUGGGGGGUCCCAGGUAUCAAAACCAAGUCAUCAAUUUUGGCACGAAGUAUUUGUAGUAAUGAAUGGGAAUAAACCAGAGAUUGGGGAAGAUGAGUCCAGUGCUAUUAGGUAUACUGAUUCGAGUAAGGAUGGGAUCAAAACUGAAAAACAUUUACUUGCAAAAGCUGAAAUUGACCCUCAAGUCAUCGCUGAGAUCAAGGAUAAGCACUCGAAAGUUUUAGCUGACCUUCCAGAAUUGAAGGCAGAUGUGGCUUAUAAAUCAGGAACUAGCGGUAUCGUAUUUGUUGGUGGAGGAAAGUAUUCUUGGCUAGCUUACCUUUCUAUUUUAGCUCUCAGGGAUACUGGGUGUAACCUACCCAUUGAGGUCGUGAUACCAAGGUAUAAAGAUUAUGAAGCAGAAAUUGAAUUCUGUACUACAGUAUUACCCCAACAUAAUGCUGCUUGUGUAGUUAUUCCAGAUGUCUUGGGUCCUUCUGUAAUGUUGAAAUGGACCAAAAAGUUAGCGACUUAUCAGUAUAAGUCAUUAGCUUUGAUGGUUUCCUCUUUCCAAAACGUUCUCCUAAUUGAUGCUGACAAUAUACUUAUCAAAUCUCCUGAGCCUCUCUUCAGCAGCUCUUUGUUCAAUGAGUACGGUAUGAUCACCUGGCCAGACUACUGGAAUAGAGUAACGUCACCGGUAUUCUAUGAUAUUGCUGGAGUCAAAGUUGAUAGACUGAAGAGAGUUAGAUAUAACAAGAUGCCUCUUACAAAUCCUCAAAUUUUAGAAACCGAUGAAGAAAGAGAUCAAGUGCCGUUCCAUGACUUGGAUGGUGCAAUUCCUGACGGUUCGACUGAAUCUGGUCAACUUCUUAUUAACAAGGCAACUCAUUCGAAAACGCUUUUACUUUCGUUGUAUUAUAACAUGUAUGGUCCUAAGGUUUACUAUAAGCUUCUUUCUCUAGGAGAACCUGGAGAAGGUGAUAAAGAUACAUUUCCCGCAGCAGCGCAUGUGGCUAAACAAUCAUUCUAUCAAGUGAAAUCUAACAUUCAGACUUUUGGUUAUUUUGACAGUGUUCAGGAAUUUCAUGGAGUAUCAAUGGGUCAAAAGGAUGCCUUAAUUGAUUUUGAUGCUUACAAAGCAAAAGUAUUAGACAAGUCCGCAAGUCAAAAGGGAACCUCAUUGGAAGAGAAUAUUCAAUAUCUUGAAGAAUUGAUUAAGUUAGAUUUCAAUGGGCCAGUUCCUGUCUUUACCUUACAUUGUAACUUCCCCAAGUUAGACCCUGUAAACCUUAUGGAUAAGCCUGAUCUCUACGAUGAAGAAAAUAAGGUGAUCAGAUAUAGGAUGUAUAGUGGAUUCAAGUAUAAGAGAUCCAUCACUAGGGUUGAUAAAGUUGUGGAAAUUGAACAAGAUUUUGAAUUACUCCAAUGGCAAAACAUGAAAGAGGCCAUAUGUGAUAAAAAUUACGAUUUUCCUUACUUGGAAGCUUCUAAGAAGGAAGACAUUUGUACUUUGAUAAAUAAUCAAGUAGUAAAGUUAAUGAAGGAGUAA